AUGCCUACCGUCGCGGAAGAAUCUAUAGAUGCAUUUCAAAAUUAUUAUGCCCGUCCACCAGAGAGACCGAAGAAACGUUCUUUCAGACAAAUGCUUUACGAUCCUGAAACAAAAUCAUAUUUUGGCCGUUCCGUUGAAAGCUGGGCAAAAAUUGGUGUAUUCUAUACAGCAUUUUAUGGUGUUUUAGCGGCGCUGGUCGCCAUUUGCAUGUGGGCUUUUCUACAAACAUUGGAUCCACGUAUACCAAAAUGGACUUUAGAUGGCUCAUUAAUAGGCACAAAUCCUGGUCUCGGUUUUCGUCCGCUACCACCGACAGAGAAUGUUGAAAGUACAUUGAUUUGGUACAAAGGAACCCAUCACGAUAAUUACAAACAAUGGACAGAUUCACUGGAUGAGUUUCUCGCAGUUUACAAAGUACCUGGUUUAACGCCUGGACGUGGUCAAAAUAUUUAUAAUUGCGAUUAUAAUCAACCACCACCGAAGGGUCAAGUAUGUGAUGUGGACAUUAAAGCCUGGUCACCGUGCACUAAGGAAAAUAAUUACAGUUAUCACAAGAGUUCGCCAUGUGUUUUCCUCAAAUUAAAUAAAAUUUAUGAUUGGAUACCGGAAUAUUAUAAUGAUUCGUCAAAUUUGCCAAACGAAAUGCCACGAAAUCUAAAAACGUAUAUAGGAGAAAUGGAAAAAACUCAAAUGCACAAGAUGAAUACCAUUUGGGUAUCAUGUGAAGGUGAAAAUCCAGCCGAUCAAGAGAAUGUCGGACCAGUUGAUUAUUUGCCAAUUAGAGGAUUCCCUGGCUAUUUUUAUCCCUAUCAAAAUUCUGAAGGAUAUCUUAGCCCUCUUGUGGCCGUACAUUUUCAAAGACCUAAACGUGGUAUUAUCAUUAACAUUGAAUGUAAAGCUUGGGCCCGUAAUAUCAUACACGAUCGCAAAGAACGAGUCGGUUCAGUACACUUUGAACUUUUAAUCGAUUAAUGCGAAAAUUACCACCAUUCUGCUGCUUAUAUUAUAAAUUUCUCGAACAACAAAGUGUUUUUUUUUUUUUUUUAAAUUAAUUUAAUUCAUUUAAAAA